AUGUCGUCGUCAAGCGUAUACAACCAGGACAAUGUCCACAAGCAACGCGACAGUGAAAUUGAUGAAUACUACGAUGAGAGCUUCGAAGAAGCUGCAGUGUUGAAGGAACAAAAAACAUCGGCGAAGGCCAAGAAGGCCGAUGCUCCCGACGCUCCGCAGCAGCUCGGUCGUCUGCCCUGGUACAUUCGUGAAUACGAAGACAAACGGACCGCCCUCUGGCGCCGGAAAUACGCUCCAAAAAUGAUACAGUUUGUGGCGCCGAUGGACGAGACCAGCCGCAAAGCACUAUACGAGCUCAUCGACGCAUGCAAGGACAGAAGUUAUUGGGUCCCCGUACUUACAGCGUUCUUCGAGCAAUAUCCUGAGGCGAUGGUCCGGCGUCCGAGCAAAGGCCACGCACUGACGGAACCAGCGAUCUCAGACCGGACUGGGAAGAACCCCGCACGAGAGAAAGUGAUCGCCGACGUGCAAUAUGGUAUCUUUGGCGGCUGGAGCUUCGAGUCUGCUAAUGCAAGAGCCCCAAAUCCUGUCCCUGUUGCGGUCGGACCAAAAGGGGAGACCAACACUGAUGGACAAUGCGACUGUCGAUGCCGUGGAUGCAAGGCCUCCUGGAGCAUGUCGAGACGGAUCUCCGAUCCCAUUGUUUGUCUCGCCCGGCGGUUGAAGGUGGCAGAACGCCGUGACAAGUGUCUGCGCAAGGCAUCGAGGAGCCUGUCACUCAUGCUAAAAACGAAGACAAUAUAG